AUGAUGUUAGCUAACGCGACUUCUGCUACAGUCAAGCCCAACGAGGAUCCUAACGUCCGAGGUGACCCGUUCAAGACUUUGAUUGUCGCACGACUCAGCUAUGAUGCAAAGGAACAAGACUUGGAGAGGGAGUUUGCCAGGUUCGGUCCCAUUGAGAGGAUUCGAAUCGUCACAGAUAGCCAUUCCCACCUACACCCCAAGAAAAAGAAGAAGCCUCACAAGGGUUAUGCAUUUGUGGUAUUUGAACGAGAGCGAGAUAUGAGAGCGGCGCUAGAGGCGUGUGACGGCAUUCGUAUCCGAGACCGACGUAUCAAGGUAGACGUUGAGAGGGGUCGAACCGUAAAAGGCUGGAAGCCCAGGAGACUCGGUGGCGGGCUUGGCGGACGAGGCCACACCAAAGCAAUGCCUGCGCGCCCUGUAGGCCCCGGAGGUUUCGUUGGCGGCGGCUAUAGGGGUGGCUUCCGCGGCGGAUUUGAUGGUGGCAGGGGCAGGGGAGGCUUCCGUGGCGGAGGCGGUGGUGGUUUCCGAGGCGGUGGUGGUGGCGGCUUCCGCGGAGGAGACCGAGGUGGUGACCGAGGUGGUGACCGAGGCGGUGACCGAGGCGGUGACCGAGGCGGUGAUCGGGGUGGUGAUCGCGGCGACCGUGGCGACCGCGGCUCUAACGGUUAUGGCGCUCCUAGCAAUGCACCAUCGGGCCCUGGCUCGGGCUAUGGUGGACGAGGCGGUGGUGGCUUCGGAGGCGAUCGAAACCAAGGUGGUGGGUAUGACUCACGUGGUUCCGGACGCUCAUUUGAUGACAGAUCCGGCGGUGGUUUCCGCGAUCGGCACGAAAGAGAACCUCGGCGUACUGGGAGCAACAUGGAACCGAUACGACCCAGAGAACGGGAAAAUGGUGGGUAUCGCGAACGUGACAGGGACUACGACCGGCCACGCGAUGAUGACAGGAAACGCCACUACGAUGGCGGCAAUAACUACGAUGAACCCAGGAAGAUUCGCCGCUACUAG